AUGGCAUUCACCGAGCUCUUAGAGCUGGUAGGGAGCACGGGUGUCUUCCAGACCCUGCAGAUCUUCACCCUCCUCCUCCCCUCCGUCUUGAUACCUUCCCAACUGCUUCUGGAGAACUUCUCAGCUGCCAUGCCAGACCAUCGCUGCUGGACCCCCUUGCUGGACAACAGCUCCGAGGUGCCUGUGAACCUCUCCUUGAAGGCCCUGCUGACUGUCUCCAUCCCGCCUGGCCCCCACCAAGGGCCCCACCAGUGUCUCCGCUUCCGUCACCCACAAUGGCAGCUCCUGGGCCCCAAUGCCACUACCACCAACUGGAGCAAGGCCGCCACGGAGCCCUGUGUGGACGGCUGGGUCUAUGACCACAGCACCUUCACCUCCACCAUCGUCAGUCAGUGGAACCUGGUGUGUCAGUAUGAGCACCUGAAACCCCUGGGUCAGUCCAUCUACAUGUCUGGAAUUCUGCUCGGAUCCACCCUGUGGGGCCUGCUGUCUGACCGGUUUGGGCGCACACCAACACUGAGCUGGUGCUGCCUGCAGGUCGCUGUCACUGGCACCAGCACCAUCUUUGCCCCAAAUUUCUUCGUCUACUGUGGCCUCCGGUUCCUGAGUGCCUUUGGGGUGGCCGGCAUUAUCAUGACCUCUACUAUACUCAUGGUAGAGUGGACCACGACACCCAGGAGGAUGGUUGCCAUGACAAUACUGGGAUGCUCCUACAGCACAGGCCAAAUAGUCAUGGGCGGCCUGGCCUUCGCCCUGCGGGACUGGCGGAUUCUCCAGCUAUCUGUCUCUGUGCCCUUCUUUGCCUUCUUCCUGGUUAGCUGGUGGCUGCCGGAAUCUGCCCGGUGGCUGAUUAUCGUGGGCAAACCAGACAAAGGCCUUCAGGAACUCAAAAAGGUGGCCAGGAUCAAUGGCCACAAAGAAGCCAAAAAGACACUGACCAUCGAGGUGCUGAUGUCCAACAUGCAGGAGGAGCUGGCUUCUGCCAAGACCCGCCAGUCUAUGCUGGACCUGUUCCGCCUGCCCUUGCUUCGCUGGAGAACCUUAGCGCUGUUCAUGGUGAUAUUCUCCAUUACGCUCUCCUACUACGGGCUGGUCCUGGACCUGCAGAACCUGGGUAGUGACAUCUUCCUCCUCCAAGUCCUCUUCGGAGCCGUGGACCUUGUGGGCCGGGCCACCACACCCUUGUUGCUCAAGUUCUUCGGCCGUCGAGUAACCCUAGCCAGCACCAGCUCUUUGGCUGGUAUCUCCAUCUUGGCCAACGUGUUGGUGCCACAAGAUCUGCAGACCCUGCGCCUGGUCUUCGCCGUGCUGGGAAAGGGAUGCUUUGGGAUAAGUUUAACCUGCUUCAUGCUCUACAGGACGGAGCUCUUCCCAACUUCGCUGCGGAUGACAGCAGAUGGCGUCCUGCAAUCGGCGGCUCGACUGGGGGCUGUGAUGGGCCCCCUAAUCAGGAUGACCCGCCAGGCACUGCCCCUACUGCCCCCCCUCGCCUAUGGUAUCAUCCCCAUCGUUUCCAACCUCUUCCUGCUGCUCCUUCCAGAGACACAAGGACUUCCACUCCCAGACACACUUCACAACCUGGAGAGUCAGUGA